AUGAACGAACCCUGGCUGGAACCGUCGCCAGGCGGCGCGUUCACAGAUACGCCGUGCCCAGACGAUCUCAUCCCGCAAAUGGGCGGCUUAAGUGCAAUGGAUUCAAAUCUGAAUCCGAUCCAACAUGCAUCCCUUACACACUCCGCCGGCGUCUUCCGCGUCCUUCAACAGUCGACUCAUGAAACCGAAACGCCGCACAGAUCUGUCCGCGCGCUGCAGGAUUUGACGACCUCCGCAACCCCCGACUCUGCCGCAACCGCGCUAUCCGCUCCGCCUCCCGCGCCUCUCCCCCCGCCGCCCCCGCGCAUGGCCACUGUGCGCCAAGGUGCCCCCCCGCUGUCCGCGCCUAAGCUGGGCGUUCUCUCGGGCUCCGUCGCUCCCGCGGCGGCCCCCGACGCGCCGCUCAUCGAUGCGCCUCCCCCGCUACCGCCCAACGCGCCUCCGCCUGUCGCAGCGCAACCGCCGCCAGCUAUGGUGCCGAAACCGCCGUCUUUUAAGGGCAGACCGCCGCCGGCGGUGAAGCCACCGAGGCUCGGCAAGCCGCCAUCUCCGGUACUGCAAGUUCCCCCUAAUGCGCCGCCGCCGCUUCCGCCCGUCAUAGAUGCGCCUCCGCCUGUUCUCCCCGAUCCCCCUCCGCCGAUGAUCGAUAUCCAGCCUGCGCCCCCUCCGGAGAUCCUUUUCCCCCCUCCUGUGUUUCCGCCGCCAAAGCCUCCCCCGAAGCCGCUGGCGCGGCCGCCGCCAAAGCCGCCAACCCUCCCCCCACCAGUGCCGUCACCUCCGCCUAAAAAACCUCCGCCGCCCCCUGUAAUCAUUAAACGACCUCCGAAACCCCUUAUAGCGAGACCUCCGCCCCCUGCUGAGCCUCCCGCCGCACCUCCCGUUCUGCCUCCCGCGGAACCCCCCGCGGACCCCCCCGCGGACCCCCCCGCGGAGCCCCCCGCGGAACCCCCCGCGCCCCCCCCCGCAGAGCCCCCAGCUCUUCCGCCUGCUGCUCCCCCAAUCGAUCCCCCCGCGCCUGCGCCUGCGCCAGUCGUUGAUCCUCCGCCUAAGCCUGCGCCCGCGCCUUCCCCGAUCGCUUCUCCCCCGCCGCCCCCGAAAGCACCAGCGCUCGUGCGCCCGCCAAGGCCAAAGCUGCGCAACCCGCCACCGCCGCGGGCGCCUCCGCCGCGUGGGGAAGCUCCCGCCCCCGCGCCUACGUUUAUCCCAACCCCGCCGCCUCUCUCCCCCCCUUUCAACAAUAUGCCGUCUCCGCCAGUCAAUUACAUGUCGCCGCCCCCGCCGCAAGCGACGGCGCCCGCGCCGGCGCCGGAAGCGGGGGUGAGCGCGGCGGUAGUGGCGGGCGCGGUGGCGGGGGGAGCGCUGUUGCUGGUGACGCUGGUGGUGGGGCUGCUGUGCUUUUUCUAUUUCGUAGUUAAUCGGCGGGAGGAGGAGGAGGACGAGCGAUACCCGCGAGGCAGCACUUCCGACUUCUACGCGCUGAAAGGCAACGGCAUGUACGCUGAGAGCUUCUAUACAACAGCGUCAGGCCAGGGAGGGUCGGGUUACCCUAUGUUACCACCGCCCAACCCGUACGCCGUGGUCCCUAUCGGUUCCCACAUGAUGCUCCCCCCAGACGACCCUUCCGCGGGCUCCGCCUCCGCAGCCGCCGCCGCCGCCGCCGCCGCGGGAAUGGGCAUGGGGAUGGCCAUGGGGGCAGUAGCAGCAGGCGCGGGGGGCGCAGGCGCGAGCAGCGGCGGGCAGGGAAACCAGAAUAAAAUGCAGUCGCAAUCUUGGUUUUCUUAUGAGGAGCUGGAGCAGGCGACAGGGGGAUUCGCGCGGACGAAUCUCCUAGGGGAGGGAGGGUUCGGGAAGGUGUACAAAGGGGUGGUGAGGGAUGGGAAGGAAGUUGCGGUGAAGGUGCUGACGAUCGGGGGCGGGCAGGGGGAAAAGGAAUUCCGGGCAGAAGUGGAGAUUAUCAGUAGGGUGCACCAUAGGCAUCUGGUGACGCUGCUGGGGUACUGCAUUGGAGGCGAUCAGCGGCUACUAGUGUAUGAGUUUGUGCCGAACGGGACGCUGGAGGCAGCGUUACAUGGCAAGAACGCGCCGGUGAUGAGCUGGGCUUUAAGAAUGAAGGUGGCCAUAGGAGCGGCUAAGGGGCUGGCCUACCUGCACGAGGACUGCCAUCCGCGCAUCAUCCACCGCGACAUCAAGUCGUCCAACAUCCUGCUCGACCAGCAGUACGAGGCUCAGGUGGCGGAUUUCGGACUGGCCAAGCUGGCAACUGAGGGAGCCACUCACGUGUCGACACGUGUCAUGGGGACGUUCGGCUACCUGGCACCAGAGUACGCUAUGAGCGGAAAACUGACUGACAAAUCAGACGUGUUCUCCUUCGGAGUGGUGCUGCUGGAGCUGGUGACAGGCCGCAAGCCGGUGGACGCCUCACAGCCGCCUGGCCAGGAGAGCCUUGUCGAAUGGUCCCGCCCGCUGCUAGCCAGCAACCAGGUAGAUGUGCUGGUGGAUGCUCGGCUAGAGGGGCGGUACGAGGAGGAGGAGAUGGAGCGAGCGAUUGCCACUGCCGCUCUCUGUGUUCGACACUCCGCCAAUCUGCGGCCCAAGAUGGGGCAGGUAGUGCGGAUGUUGGAGGGCAGUGGCAGUGUGAAUGACAUGCGGACAGCAUCAGCACCGGGGCAGAGCACCAUGUUCAACGACCACCCCUUCGGCGGGCCCACGCAGGACUUUGACUCAGCCAUGUACUCUGCUGAGAUGCGCCAGCAGUACAUGAUGCCACAUCAGCAGUCGCUGACUCAUCAGUCGACCUCGCUGACUCAUCAGCAGUCGUUCGAGCAUGAGCAGCAGUACGGGGGAGCGAGUGGGUAUGGUACGGAUAGCGGGUUUGACGAUGGCUAUGCCGGUGGUUCGGCGGGAGGUUCGGUGGGAGGCUCGGCAGCGGGAGGUUCGGCGAGUGGGAGGGGGUUCGUCCCCGGAAGCAGCCGAUUUGUAGGCCAGCCUUUAGAAACGAUUCCUUCCAAUCCCAACAGUGCAGAGUUCACGGACAGAAGCAGGGAGCAGUUCUGA